AAAGAGAGAGAGAGAGAGAGAGGGGAGAGAGAUUUUGAAAAGACCGGCAGGAGGAGUGGGACUUGCUAUAAGGACACAAGCGACUCUUAAAUCCGCCGCUCCUCUGUUUUUACGCAGCAGAUUUGGAAGAAACAAACAACUAAAAACAGGAGGAGCUGUGAUUGAGAAAAGUAGCCUCCAUUCUCUAGUCACGUUAUUUUAAAUUAUUCUCAGCUACAGACACACGGAGCUGCCAUGAGAAGAGCUGUGGAUGUUGCGCUGACUCUGCUGCUCGCCGCGUCCCUGUCGUGCCGGAGCGUCUUUGGCGGCUACGGGAUGAGCCUGUUCGCGGCGCAGACCUCUCCCCCGGACCCCUGCUACGACGAGCACGGCAACCCGCGGCGCUGCAUCCCGGACUUCGUCAACUCCGCCUUCGGCAAGGAGAUGAGGGUGUCCAGCACCUGCGGCAAGACGCCGAGCCGCUACUGCGUGGUGACAUCGGCCGAGAAGGGAGACGAGAGGACCAGGAACUGUCACACCUGCGACGCCUCCGACCCCAAGAAGUAUCACCCUCCGGCUUACCUGACGGAUCUCAACAACCCGCACAACCUCACCUGCUGGCAGUCCGAGAACUUCAUCCAGUACCCGCAGAACGUCACCCUGACUCUGUCCCUCGGCAAGAAGUUCGAGGUCACAUAUGUGAGCCUGCAGUUCUGCUCGCCGAGACCCGAAUCCAUGGCGAUUUACAAGUCCAUGGACUACGGUAAAACUUGGGUGCCCUUUCAGUUUUACUCGACCCAGUGCAGGAAGAUGUACAACAAGCCCAACAGGGCCGUGAUCACGAAGCAGAACGAGCAGGAGGCCGUGUGCACGGACUCCCACACCGACAUGUACCCUCUGACCGGCGGCCUCAUCGCCUUCAGCACGCUGGACGGCAGACCGUCGGCGCACGACUUUGACAACUCCCCGGUGCUGCAGGACUGGGUGACGGCCACGGACAUCAAAGUCAUCUUCAGCCGGUUGCACACGUUCGGCGACGAGAACGAGGACGACUCGGAGCUGGCCAGGGACUCGUACUUCUACGCCGUGUCGGACCUGCAGGUCGGAGGGAGAUGCAAGUGCAACGGACACGCGUCCCGGUGCGUAAAGGACCGGGACGGCAGUCUGGUGUGCGAGUGUAAACACAACACGGCCGGGCCGGAGUGCGACAGGUGCAAACCUUUCCACUACGACAGACCGUGGCAGAGAGCCACAGCCAGGGAGGCCAACGAGUGUGUCGCCUGCAACUGCAACCUCCACGCCCGGAGGUGCCGAUUCAACAUGGAGCUCUACAAGCUCUCGGGGAGGAAGAGCGGAGGAGUCUGCCUCAACUGUCGCCACAACACAGCGGGUCGCCACUGCCACUACUGCAAGGAGGGCUACUACAGAGACCUGUCCAAGCCCAUCUCACACAGGAAGGCCUGCAAAGCAUGCGAUUGCCAUCCCGUGGGUGCUGCUGGCAAAACCUGUAACCAAACCACAGGACAAUGUCCCUGUAAAGACGGCGUGACUGGUAUCACGUGCAACCGCUGUGCUAAAGGCUACCAGCAGAGCCGCUCGCCCAUUGCCCCCUGCAUAAAGAUUCCAGUUGCGCCUCCCACAACCCCAUCCAGCAGCACAGAGGAGCCAUCAGACUGUGACUCUUACUGCAAGGCUUCAAAAGGCAAACUGAAAAUCAACAUGAAGAAGUACUGCAAGAAAGAUUACGCCGUCCAGGUGCACAUCCUGAAGGCGGACAAAGCCGGCGAGUGGUGGAAGUUCACCGUCAACAUCAUCUCCGUCUACAAGCAGGGCGAGAGCCGCAUCCGUCGCGGGGACCAGUUCCUGUGGGUCCGAGCCAAAGACGUGGCCUGCAAGUGUCCCAAGAUCAAACCCGGGAAGAAGUACCUGCUGCUGGGGAACGACGAGGACUCCCCCGGCCAGAGCGGAGUGGUGGCCGACAAAGGCAGCCUGGUUAUCCAGUGGAGGGACACGUGGGCGCGCAGGCUCAGGAAGUUCCAGCAGCGCGAGAAGAAAGGCAAGUGCAAGAAGCCAUAGAUGGCAUGGGGAAGAAGAAAAAAAAAAAGGUGGAAAGGAUGCUGGAGGAGGAGGAGGAGGAGAGGGAUUCAAGAGAAAAAAGCUGAGCGGGUGAUUGGAGGAGGAAAAAAAAAAAAGAGACACACAGAGGACCACGGACAGAGAAGAGACUGUUUAUGUCGCUGCUUUUUUGUGUAGAAGCAUGAAGAGAAUUAUUUAGGAUGAUUUUUUUUUUGUUUUCUAGUGAACUUUUGUUGAAGGAGCUCACCUUGCAGAUUUGGUUUUAUGGUUUAUUUUACUUUGAGAUUCGUCUCUCUUGUGGAUUUGCCGAAUUUGCACCUAUUACCAGUAUAUAACAUUAUUUUGUGUUUUGUUUUCUUUAUCCCAGUAUGAAAUCAUUAUAUUUUAUGUUCUAAUUUUAUGGACUUUUUUUUUUUUUUUCUUGCUGGUGCAAAAGAAAAAAAGACAGAAAGCCACUUAACUACCGCUGCAAUUUUUUAUUUUUAUUUUUUUUGCCUCUGCAUGGUUUUUAAAAACUGUAUUCUUAGCUAAGAAGCGAGCUUGUUUCAUCAAAAGUCUUCACUUAUCUGAUCGAGGCAGUAUAACAUUUCCUUCAUUGAGAUUUGUGCCAUAAAAAAAAAAAAGUGUUGUUGCUUAAGCCACAGAAAUCCUUUCCCGUGUUGAAAUUCAGGUAUAUCUGCAAAAAAAAUAAAAAAUCAGUUUUUCCUAGAUUUUCAUCUGUCAGGACUUUUACAGAUUUAGAAUAUGCAAGUGACAGAAGAAGAGGAUCAGGGACAGAAUACAGUAUUGAGGAAAAAAAAACAGCAUUUGUGAUUAAUUUCCCCUCAGACCUGCAUGUGAAUGCUUCUCAUUGAGAUUGUAAUGUUCAGUAGACUAAACGGUGCUGCUUUUGGUACUAAUUUUAAAGUUGUUUUUUUUUGCGGGGGAGGGGGAGGCGAAGAAAAGAAUGCAUUUAAAAUCACUGAUUUCACUUUCAGUAACUGUGAUUUAUUUUUUUUUACUCUUUAUUUCACAAAUUCAGUAGAAGUUUUAACAAGUGAGUUGAGGGCAGGAGGCCACACACAUUGGUUAUUAUAAAAUUCAUGAGUAGAGCUAAUGAGACGGGCGCUUAAGUGGCUGCAAAAUAACAUUUCAAAUGAAUCGCAUCAGCAUUGCAGUGACGAUACUCCACGUGCUCUACCGCUUGCUUCCCAACGUAGAUUAUUGUGCAACGUGAAUGCAACGUUAGAAUGGCGCGGGUGAAAGUAGUGCACCCGCCCGCGGCUGCAGGAGCUGCAUGUUCUCAGAAGGUACUGACAAAGAAAUGCAACGAUACAAAUGUUUAUAUGGUGCAUCUCUUCACACCAGCUCAUGGACGACUUUGUGUUCAAAUGGAUCCUUCAAAAUGGGUUCGAAUGAGACCGAGGAGGGAAAAAAAAAAAGUGUACGAAUGGCUGCCGGCUACCAAAUCUGUCUUAAGCGAGCUGAUGAUUACACCUUAACUAGUGCAGGUUGUGGAAAGCAAUAUCACGAGAAGGUGGUCGUCUUACCUCGUGGCGCAGAAACGAAUCCUUACAGUGCAGAAAAAUGAAAACGCCAUGACUUAAACCCUCUCACCGGCUUGUAUUCAUCCAGAAUACCUCCUACGGUACCGGCGCAUUGCAGAUAAAUACCUUUGCAGUCCGCGCGCUCCUUUUGCAAACACAAUGCACGACUGUACAUUCACCAGGAGGACACUGUGCUGCGACCAGUCAGGAGCUGCAGGCUCCCCAUUGACCUGCCAUUUUAAUUCUCUUCACUUCAGCACCGGCAGAGGGAGAAACGGGGCUGAAUCGCAAUCACUUGUCGCUGCUCGAUUCAAACCACUUUUGUUCGUUUGUGUGUAUGCAGUUCUCCGAGGAAUGCCUGGUUAAAGAAAAAAAACAACACACAGCUCAGGUUUGUGAUUUCAAACCACAACAUCAUGAGCAACAUGUUUGGGAGACUUGUUGUCUCAAAAAAAUCCCGUUUUCUAACAGUCCCCGUGGCUCAAGUGAAUGUAAAAGGGGGUUUAAGAUGAUUUAAAGGCAAGAUUUUAAGUUAACGGACCCUAAAAUUUGAUUCCUCUAUCUCAGUUUUCCUUUUUUUCUCCUUUUUAAACAAACUACAAAGCUUUCCCAAUGAUGACAAGUUAGAACAGACACCUGAUCUGCUGAUCUCCAUAUUUACAUUUAGGGUUUGAUGGAAUUGUUUUUUUUUCACUGUGCAAUCAAUCAGCUGAUUGUUUUCAGGCCGACAUGAUGCUACAUGCCGGCGGCUCCUCCAACAACGACCCGCUGACACGUUCGGUGCAUUUACAUGUUUCACCGUUAAACCUACGACUUCAUGUUCAGCUUUUCUUAUUCGACACGACGUACUCUGUAAUCACACCUCUCUGUAGCCUCAUGCUGUAAAUUUUCUACAACCGUCUCCUGAGCAAUGGUUUGACAAGCUUCCCGAUGAAACGCUACACACACACACACACACACACGUCAAAGCAUUGCUUUGUGUUCAUACUAUGAAUUGUAAAUGUUGUUGUCACCAUUGCAGACACUUUUUUUGCAAUGUUGUUUUACAAUGCCUACUAAUAUAUUAUGGUUAUUAUAUAUGAAUAUAUUUAAUGACACAAGACAUUGUGGAUUUUAUUGUCUUUUUCAACUUUUUUUUUUUUUUUUUACUUGUUUGUGGUUGUUUAGAUCGUUGCCAUUAAAGAAGGAAAUAAUAACUACUGAACACACCAACCUGGUAGAACUAAAUUCAGAUUUUCAGUUGAAAUAAACUCUUGUUACAUUGAAAAAAAAAA